UCAGCAUUGCUGACAAAAUCACGUGACACAUCCGCCAAACGCACAUGACCACCACUGUCUGUAGAAGUAUCAUGGCGGCACGUCAGGAAUCUGUGUAUUGGCUGGGGAAGGACACUCUAAGGGUGUCAGCAGCUCUGUUUGCUGAGAACCGCAGGCGGCUGUGCCAGGGCCUGAGGGCCAAGGAGGGGCUGCUGCCCAAGUCUGUGGUGCUGCUGCAGGGUGGCGAACAGAAGCAGAGGUACUGCACCGAUACGGACAUACUAUUCAGACAGGAGUCCUUCUUUCACUGGGCGUUUGGUGUGACUGAAGCAGAUUGCUAUGGAGCAAUUGAUGUGGACACAGGAAAGUCUGUUUUGUUUGUUCCCAAGCUUCCGGAAAGCUAUGGAACCUGGAUGGGAGAGAUCUACCCAAGAGAACAUUUCCAGCAGAAGUAUGCAGUGGAUGAAGUGAAGUACACCUGUGAUAUCCCUGAUGCCCUGGCCAACAUGUCAGCAGCCGUCCUUUUAACCCUGAGAGGACAGAACACAGAUAGUGGGAGUAUCUGCCGCGAAGCCUCCUUUGAGGGAAUCAGCCGAUUCCAAGUAAACAACACCGUUCUGCAUCCAGUCAUUGUGGAGUGCCGUCUGAUUAAGACUGAUAUGGAGCUGGAGGUCCUGCGCUACACUAACAGGAUUUCCAGUGAAGCCCAUAAAGAGCUUAUGAAGCAUGUGAAACCUGGCCAGAAAGAGUAUGAGAUGGAGAGUCUGUUCCAGCACUACUGCUACACACGCGGUGGGAUGCGUCACACCUCCUACACCUGCAUCUGUGGGACUGGAAACAACUCCUCAGUUCUGCACUAUGGUCAUGCUGGGGCUGCCAACGACAAGACCAUCAUGGAUGGAGACAUGUGUCUGUUUGACAUGGGUGGAGAGUACUACUGCUACUCCUCCGACAUCACCUGCUCCUUCCCAGCCAAUGGCAAAUUCACUCCAGACCAGAAGGCCAUCUACGAGGCUGUGCUGAAGUCAUCUCGGGACGUCUUGGCUGCUCUCAAGCCAGGGGUGAAGUGGACUGAGAUGCAUCGUCUGGCAGACCGAGUGCACCUGGAGGAGCUUGUGAAGAUUGGCAUCCUGAGUGGCAGCGUGGAGGACAUGCUGAAGGUGCACAUGGGCUCGGUCUUCAUGCCCCAUGGCCUGGGACAUCUGCUGGGCAUCGACGUGCAUGACGUCGGGGGGUACCCAGAGGGGGUGGAGCGUAUCGGCGAGCCUGGCCUGAAGAGCUUGAGGAUGGGCCGUCUGGUGAGGGAGCGCAUGGUCCUGACGGUGGAGCCCGGCAUCUACUUCAUCAACCAUCUCCUGGACCAGGCCCUGGCUAACCAAGCCCAGAACUGCUUCAUCAACAACCAAGUGCUGGCCCGCUUCCGUGGCUUCGGAGGGGUGCGCAUCGAGGAUGACAUUGCAGUGACUGCUAACGGCGUGGAACUGCUUACCUGUGUGCCUCGUACCGUGGAGGAGAUUGAGGCCUUCAUGGCUGACACAAGUAAAUCCUUUAGUCCCGUUGUUGUUAGCGACAAGUUCUGAAGAUCCAAACCCUCAUUCAAUCACCAAGCCAAUCUUACCAGAUACAACAGUGUAUUUUCACUCGCUGACAUGAAAAAAACUUGUCUGAAAAGGAUUCAAAUAAACUUCCUUACAUCACCUUAACCAAAAUCAAUGAUUAAUGAGAUACAUUACGUUUUGUAAAAGAUAAACCUUUCAAUUAAAAGAGGUUUCUGCUCAGUAAAGCAAAACUUUGCUGUAUUACCCAAACAAAUUCAACAUGCAUGUUCAACCUCUUGCUGUAUUUUGCACUCACAACGACUCUUAACACUUUACAGACUUGCUAUGGCCAGAAGUCACCCACAGGCUUGCUAUAAAACAGUGUUUAAGGUCAAUAGUAUUUCAGUGCCUGAUAGAUUGCUUUCUGGCUUUUUAAACAUGUUAUUCUUGGUAUAUGCUUUUUAUAAUUCUCCUUUAACUAUUGAACAAAUUAAACCCUUCGAUUUGCAGUC